UCCUUCACUUUCCUCAUUACAUUACAAAACCCUGAAAAGUCCCAAUUCCUAUCAACAAAUUCGAACUUUUUUUCAGAGCAAUCGAGUAGAAACGAAGAAUCUUCUCCGUUUUUCCAGAUAUAUAGCCAUCUUAGAACGGGAUGGGAACAAACGGGACGACAUGUGGAGGAGCAAUGAAAGCGACCUCAAAUGGAGUGUUUCAGGGAGAGAAUCCUCUGCAUCACGCGUUGCCUCUUCUGAUACUCCAGAUCUGUAUCGUUCUUCUUCUCACUCGUGUUCUUGCUUUUCUCCUCCGUCCUCUCCGGCAACCACGUGUCAUCGCCGAGAUUGUUGGUGGAAUAUUACUUGGACCAUCAGCUCUUGGGAAAAGCUCAAAGUUUCUCAACACAGUCUUUCCAUCAAAGAGUCUAACGGUUUUAGACACACUUGCAAACCUAGGACUCAUCUUCUUCCUCUUCCUCGUUGGUCUCGAGCUUGACCCUAAAUCCCUCAAACGAACCGGAAAGAAAGCUCUCUCCAUCGCUCUAGCCGGAAUCACUCUCCCUUUUAUCCUCGGCAUCGGAACUUCCUUCGUCCUCCGUGGCUCCAUAGCCGAUGGCGUCAGCAAAGCUCCUUUCCUCGUCUUCAUGGGAGUUGCUCUCUCCAUCACUGCAUUUCCCGUCUUGGCUCGAAUCCUCGCUGAGAUCAAGCUCCUCACCACUGAUAUCGGGAAGAUCGCUUUGUCGGCUGCUGCGGUUAAUGACGUGGCGGCUUGGAUUCUUCUUGCUCUCGCGGUGGCUCUCUCCGGCGAAGGAAACUCACCGCUCACUUCUCUAUGGGUGUUUCUUGCUGGUUGUGGUUUCGUUGUGUUCUGUAUCUUUGUCGUGCAACCGGGGAUGAAGUGGAUUGCUAAACGCUGUCCUGAAGGAGAGCCAGUGAAAGAACAAUACGUGUGUUUCACGUUAGGUAUUGUUCUUGCUGCUAGCUUUGUCACGGACUUGAUUGGGAUCCACGCUUUGUUCGGCGCGUUUGUGAUCGGUGUUAUUUUCCCUAAAGAGGGUAAUUUCGCGAAUUCUCUGGUUGAGAAAGUUGAGGAUCUAGUGUCAGGUAUUUUCUUGCCUCUUUAUUUCGUCUCGAGCGGGUUAAAGACAGAUGUGGCCACUAUACAAGGAGCUCAGUCUUGGGGACUAUUGGUUUUGGUUAUUUUCACUGCUUGUUUCGGUAAAAUCGUCGGUACUGUCCUCGUUUCACUCUACUGCAAAGUUCCGCUUGAUGAGUCUUUAGCACUUGGUUUCUUGAUGAACACGAAAGGCCUUGUUGAACUCAUCGUCCUCAACAUUGGUAAAGACAGAGGAGUUUUGAAUGAUCAAGUCUUUGCGAUAAUGGUUCUAAUGGCGAUUUUCACAACAUUCAUGACGACUCCUCUAGUUCUAGCGGUAUACAAACCGGGUAAAUCCUUAACCAAAGGCAAUUACCAAAACCGAACGGUCGAGGAAACGAAUCAGUCCAACAAACCGCUACGUCUAAUGUUCUGUUUCCAAAGCAUAAUGAACAUUCCCACCAUCGUAAACCUCAUAGAAGCAUCGAGAGGCACGAACCGUAAAGAAAGUUUAUCAGUCUACGCGAUGCAUCUCAUGGAGCUCUCAGAGAGAUCAUCAGCUAUAUUAAUGGCUCAUAAGGUCAGAAAAAACGGUCUUCCUUUCUGGAACAAAGACAAAUCAGCGAACAGCUCUUCUUCCGACAUGGUCGUUGUCGCAUUCGAGGCUUUCCGGCGACUAAGCCGUGUCUCAGUGCGUCCCAUGACAGCGAUCUCAGCGAUGGCGACUAUACACGAAGAUAUUUGCAGAAGCGCGGAACACAAACGCACCGCUAUGGUGAUUCUUCCGUUUCACAAACACGUUAGGCUUGACAGGACGUGGGAGACGACUCGCAACGAUUACCGUUGGAUUAACAAGAAGGUUAUGGAGGAAUCUCCAUGCUCUGUCGCGAUUCUUGUCGAUCGUGGGCUUGGUGGUACGACACGUGUCGCGUCUAGCGAUUUCUCGUUGGCUAUAACGGUUCUGUUUUUUGGAGGGAACGAUGAUCGCGAGGCGUUGGCGUUUGCGGUGCGUAUGGCGGAACAUCCUGGUAUAAGCUUAACCGUUGUUCGGUUUAUUCCUAGUGAGGAAUUUAAACCGGAAAACGUGAGGCUCGAGAUAGCGGAAUUAGAUCAAACCGGUUCAGGUUCAGGUGACACCAGAUUGACUGAUAUUGAAGCGAUAACCGAACUUAAAGCAAAGAUUAAAGAACAAGAAAGCUCUCGAUCGGAUUCCGAGUCGUCUCAGAUCGUUUACGAAGAGAAAAUCGUGAAAUGUUACGAGGAAGUUUGUGAUGGUAUUAGUGAAUAUUCUAGAAGCAAUCUUUUCUUGGUAGGGAAGUCACCGGAUGGUUCGGUAGCGUCUGGUUUAAACGUGGUACGAGGCGACACGCCGGAGCUUGGACCGGUGGGAAACUUGUUGACGUCAAGCGAAAGUGUUUCAACGUCGGCGUCGGUGUUGGUGGUGCAACAGUACAAAGCAAGCCGUGAUUCUUCGGUCGUUGGAGUUUUGAAGAACGUCUCGGUGGAAGGGUCGCCGGUUGUGGAUACUGAUCAGAGUCCUUAAAGAAAGUUUUAUCUUUGGGAUUUAAUUCCAAGAUUCGAAAGGUCAAAAAGAAAUUGGCUUGUAUAAAUAACAUCUGUUUCCAUAUUGUAAAUAGUCAAUCUGAAU